AAUAUUAUUUGGUCUAACAAAGGCAAACAGUUCUUCUACGCGAAUUCAGCGAUUUUAAUAUAAAUUUUAAACUAUUAAAUAGGUUUAACAGUUCAAUAGUCUUGUAAAUUUAAUUAAAAGCAUUUUAUUUAAAAUAAUUUGUAAUGAUUACUGAAGAGAACGACUGUAAUGAUGGAGGCACAAGAACAGCGAAAAAAGUAUCAACAAGCGGUGCCGGUAACAGCUUUAUUCCUAUGCCCAAGCAUAUACCAUUUCCAGAUUGCAGUGGUUCUUCUGAAAUAGUAAAUGAAUUGAUUUUGUUUCUAUUUAUAUCGUGUUGUUCAGCGAUGCAAUUUAUAAAUAUAUAUCGCACUCUUUGGUGGCUACCAGAUUCAUACAUCAAUCAUACAGUGAACAUUUAUCUUAUUGAUCCUUAUUUGGUUGCAUUUCUAUUAGUAUUCAGUUCUCGUCGACUGAUUUAUUGUGGCUUUUUACAUUGUUUUGAUAAGCUCCCGCGUAGUAAAAAACUUCGUUAUUAUCGUAAAAUUGCACGUUACGUCUACGGUGGAUACGUUUUGUUUGAACUUUGUUUCUGUGCAUACCGAAUUGGUUCACGGCAUACAUAUCUCUCCAUAUUUGUAUUAUUUUAUCCCAUCAUUGUCUACUUGAUUAUGUUCGGUUUUCGUAUGGAACCAUUUUUACGAAGCUCAUGUGUUGUAGAAGGUGCCUAUCUAAAUGGUAUGCCAAUGCAUUGCUGCUCCUCUAACCCAGCAACUAUACGUGAAGAAAUUGAUUUGUUGCGUAUUGAUUUUAAUAAUCGUUUUAAACAGAUUAUGUUCACUGCAUCAAUUAAUGCCUAUUACGCUGGUUUCUUGCCGUGCGUAUUUGCCGUUUCUAUAAAUUAUAAUUUUUCUUGGAUUGCGCAGCAAAUCUUCUUUAUGUGGGUUAGUGGCUUAACUAUGUGUACAGUUUUUAUGUUUCCAUCCAAAUAUUGUGAUAUAUUGCAUCGUGCUUGUCUACAUCUUGGAAUGUGGGUGCCUUUAAAUGCGAUGGCUUCUAUUGGAAGUGGUGUACCACCGCUUGCUUCACCAGCAGUGGCGUGGAGUAAAUCAGCGUUAUGGUUUAAUAAUAUUAUAAUCAAGUAUAAUGGUGAGUUAUAUCGUUGUUAUGGGCCAGUAACAGUAGCAUUACCUGGAGAUUCCACACAUUCGAGAUUUUAUAAACUUUUUAGUUAUCCUCCCACAAUAUAUAUAGUACUUUCUAUUGUUCAAGUCACCAUCAUCUUUUCUCAAAUCGCUGUGCUCUAUAAGACUGUUGAAUGGCAUUUUAUCUUAUCAAUUACUUUCGUUGCUUUUACAAAUCAAUUUACAUUUUAUAAACUAUUUCGUGAUUAUUUAUUGACGAAACGGGUUUACAGUUCCGAAACCGCCAUAAUUGUUGGUGACAAAAAAUCGCAAACAAAAUUAAAGGAUAACUAAGUUUUCUAUUGUUUCACCCUUCACAGCAACUGUGUGAAAAUAAAUAUUAUAAGUUUGUAAAGAUGUAUUUAACACAAUAAUGGUGUUAUCAGAGUUCACAUAAGCUAUUAAUGUUCUUAUUAAUCGUAAUAAAAUUGAUCGAUUUAGCAAAGUUAAUCUAUACAUUCUAUUAAUAUUGAAGACAUAUAAUUCCACUGAUUAAAUAAAACUGUUGUAAAAAGAUAAUUGUUAUAAAGCAUUGUAAAAAACUCAACUUAUAAAUGAAAUUGUAUAACUAAUAUAUCAUGUAGCAGCUUUGUAAAAUGAAAUGAUCUUGUAUUAUUAAAUAUAAAUGCGCAUACAAAUAAACACCGUGGAAAAGAAUUGAAAGAAGAGGAAAAAAUACAAUACUUAUAUGUGUGAAGGGUAUUAAAGCUUCGGCAAAGCCAAAGCUAACUUUCUUGUUUUUGUUUUUAUAUUAAAUAUGUUAUAUAGAUUUAGUUAUUUAUGAAUC